UUCUGCUCUCUGGUCAAAACAAUUUACAUGGCUCCAUUUUCUGGUCUUAAGAUUACUAGCUUCGUACCACUUUUUGUUGGAUUGUUUUUGGCAUAUCAUGUAGUUAUACAAGUACAAGGAGUAAGGGAUAUUGCUAGUAGAUUAACCGAGGAAGAAAAUCUGGAGGUGGAAAGACAACUCCAGAUGCUAAACAAACCACCUAUCAAAACAAUACAUACCCGUUGGGGCGUCAUCUAUGACUGCAUUGAAUUCCACAAGCAACCUGCAUUUGAUAAUCCAUUGUUGAAGAAACAUGCAAUCCCGAAAAAAGUCGAAACUGCACCUAGAAGCCCAAAGGAAACAUUAAUGAGUCGAAUUGAAGGAUGCCCAAAGGGAACAGUUCCUAUUCGUAGGACAACUAAAGAAGAUCUUUUGAGAGCCAAAUAUUUAUCUUCCACUUCCAACGCCCCAGGCGAUGAAUAUAGAGCAGGUAGUACUCUUCAAACAUCAGACCAGAAAAUCUUUGGAGCCACUGGAGUAGUAAAUGUGUGGCAUCCCAAAGUAAAUCCCGACCAAUUUAGCGGGGCUGAAAUUUCAGUAACAGCAGGCCCGGCAGACCAGACUAAUGAAAUCAGAUUUGGAUGGACAGUUAAUCCACAAUUAUAUGGGGAUGAUCGGCCUUCAACUUAUUCGUACUGGACUGGUGAUGGUGGUCAUAAUACAGGAUGUUACAAUACUCUUUGCUCUGGAUUUGUACAAGUUGACCAACAUUAUACCCCUGCUAUGGCCGUUGCUAACACAUCAACUAUUGGAGGCACCCAGUAUAUACUUAUAUCGAGCAUUAUUCGGGAACGUGAAACAGGGCACUGGUGGUUGAUGCUUGAAAACAAGAUUCAAGUUGGUUACUGGCCAAGAGAACUAUUCCCUCAAUUUGAAUCUGGUGCCGAUUAUAUUUACUGGGGUGGUCACGUAAAAUCUGGAAAAGACGGGAUGCCAGAAAUGGCUAGUGGUAAUAGACCAGAUAGGUUUAACAAUCACACUGGCUAUUUUGAACAACUUGAAUAUAAAGACAAGGACGACCGUUGGGUACCUUAUCCCAAGAUUCAGUCCAUAGUUGAUUGUAAAGGGUCUUAUGAUUCAUUUUGGGAUGAUGAACACGCCAUCCUUCACUUUGGAGGACCUGGUGGUGGCACUUGUGAUUGAGCGGCGAACAUUGUUUCUGGGAAAAUAAAAGUUGUUGGAAGACAAAAAUAAGAAAGGCAUUAUAUGGACGGCUCAAAUUUCUUUUCUCGUUUAAAUCGUAUUUUGUAUUUCAACUGAGACAGAGAACCAUAAGUAAUAAUUAUAUCAGUUAUGUUUAGUGAACUCAAUCCUCU